UUAGCCGAUUCAUUUUUCUUCCUUUUGCCUUAAACCUUAUAUAAACCUCUCGCUAUUUAUUAGAAGGAAAAAAAUAAAAUUAAAAAUCUGAAACUUUUUUGGAUUUUUUUAGAGAGGGAGAGAUGAGGAUACAGUGUAACGUGUGCCAGGCGGCGGAGGCGAAGGUGCUGUGCUGCGCAGACGAGGCGGCGCUGUGUUGGGAGUGCGACGAGGAAGUCCACGCUGCUAACAAGUUGGCCAGCAAGCACCAACGUGUCCCGCUCUCGUCUUCCUCUUCUCAGAUGCCUAAAUGUGACAUUUGUCAGGAAACAUCUGGGUUUUUCUUUUGUUUGCAAGAUCGAGCAUUACUCUGCCGAAAAUGUGACAUUGCUGUACAUACAGCAAAUGCUUAUGUGUCUAGUCAUCAGAGAUUUCUGCUUACUGGAGUAAAAGUUGGCCUUGAAACCACCACUGACCCUGGUGCAUCUUCUUCCAAUGUCAAAUCACCUCCUAGUGAAAAGACCUCAGAAGCUAAAUCUAAUUCUACAUCUCAAAGGGGGGCUCCUAUGUCAUUUACUGGUGGAUACAAUGAGGUCCUACCAUCAAAUGUUGGAGAUGGGAAAAGUGUGCCAACAAAAGUGUCAUAUGCUGGGGGUUAUACAGCUGGAAGCAUUCAAUCAUGGCAAAUGGAUGAUUUCUAUGGGCUAACUGACUUUAAUCAAAGCUAUGAUUACAUGGAUAAUGAGUCGUCUAAGGCUGAUAGUGGCAAGUAUGGAGACUCUGACAGCUCAAGCUCAUCAAUCUUGCGAUCUGCUGAGGAGGAGGUAGAUGAUGAUGAGUGCUUGGGUCAGGUGCCAGAUUCUUCUUGGGCUGUACCACAAGUGCCUUCACCUCCUACAGCCUCUGGGCUGUAUUGGCCAAAAGAUUCUCACAAUCAAAUUUAUUUUGUGCCUGACAUAUGCUGCUUAAUUGUGAAAAAGCCUUUCCAUUCUCGGCAUCCGAAAAGCCGGCGACAAAUUUAGAAUCAUCUGCUAAAGUUUAAUGUACAAGUUAGUCUUCUCAUGGUUUCAGAUUCACCUUCUCAGGUGUGCUUUUAGCCUAUUAUUAUGUAGGUCUCCGUCCUUGGAAGUAGCUUUUGUUGCUUGAGUUUCUUGCUUCCAGUUUGGGCAAUACCACUUUCUUCUAUUUAGAUCCUUCUCAUUCUGCAGUUUUUAUUCAGGUUAAUAAUAUAAAACUAUAACUGAAAAGAAAAAGCUUGUUAAUCGAAGUAGUUAGUAUUGUUUUGUUAACAACCUGUAUUUCUUCAUAAUUCACAAUAUAAUCUGAUCAACAUAGUUGAUAUCUGUGUUCUAAGAUUCAGACAGCUGGAAAAUAAAGGUUAGCGGUUUGAGUUUCCAUUAUUUUUUAUGAUCUUGG